AUGGAUAAACAAGUUGACGAUUCUUCUCGAUUGGAACAAAAGUUAGAAAAUUUGCGAUCAAAAAUGAGGACUGAAAGUCCGACAGGUGGUUCAAAAGGUAGCAGACUUGACGAAUUAGAGAGCCGGAAUUUCACAUUGGAAGAAGAGGUUAAAGAUCUAAAGAUUCAAUUAAAUGAAAAACAAAAUGAGCUUUCCAGGGCCCAAGAGUUGGUGAACAAACCUGAGUUAGAAAAGUCAAAAGUUGAAUAUGAAGACAAACAGAAGAAAAUGAGAGGAAUAUUUAAUGCUGCAAACAAAACUAUAAAUGAAUUAAGACAAAAUGUGGCAUCAAAAAAUACAGAGAUUGAAGAGUUGAAAGCAAAUAUAGAAAGUUUAAAAGAGAAUGAUCAAAAGACAAAAUCAACAGCAGAUGAAAGCCGAAAAUCGAUGGAAAGGUUGACAACAGAAAUGCAUAGCCAGACAGCUAUGUAUAAUGCGCAGAUAGAGCGACUGGAAUCAAAACUUCGACAAGCAACACAACAAACAACACAAAUUAAAUCAGAAUUUCAGCAAUAUAAGAUAAGAGCACAUACAUUGCUCGAACAAAAAAACAAUAAUACAGAUAAUUCUGGAUCCAAUACACCUGAGUUAGUUGCUGCAAACAAAAAAUUGGAAUCAGACCUAAGCUUUAAAGCUACCGAGCUAAAAUACGCACAUGAUAGCAUCAAAGCAGUAAAAAAUGAUCUUAAACAUGCUCUCGAACUGAAUGCACAUCUUGAAAAAGAGCUUGAGAAAGCACAAAAGACAGCACGCGAAAAUGCGGAUUCUGUUAAAAGUAUACAGGAAAAAUUACAGGAACUUUCAAAGGAAAAUACUACCUUGCAGGAAGCUUUGCGUGAAGCUAAUGCUAAUUAUGCAACCAGUAUUAAGGAUUUUGAUGAUAAGCUCUCAAAGUCGACAGAUGCAAUUAAGAAAAAUCUUCAACAAAAACUAGAAGAAAAUGAACAAUUGCAAUCAAUAUCAGAACAACUUAGUGAAGAGCUGACAAAGUUACGGGAAGAACUAUCGCAACGUACCGAACAAGUGGAUGAUCUUAAAAAACAGCUUGCUGCUGCAAAAGCCCCACUAGCUAUACGUACAAAUAUUCGAAAGGACGAUAGCCGACCUUCAUCGCCGUCACCUUCGCUAAAGACAUUAAGUCGAGCGAAUUCUACUCAUAAUUCAUUAUCAGACCUUUUAUCUGAUACGGAGGGACGAAUAUCGACCUCGGCGCUAGAAUCAUCCGAUAAGGAAAAGGAUUAUGUAAUGAAGUUAAAACAUAUGGCUGAAAUGUUAAAUGAAAGUGAAUCACAAGUACAGAAAUUAAUUGAGCAAGAAAAGUUUUUGAAGGAAGAAAUCAGAAAAUUAGAUCGUUUAGAAAAACGGCAAAAUUUAAACGUGGAAUAUUUAAAGAAUGUUGUGCUUAAAUUUUUUGAAACUAAUCCCAUGGAUCGUGAGCCGUUAGUUCCUGUAAUAUCAACAAUAUUGCAAUUAAGUCCAGAGGAAACGGUGAGCCUAAAAGAGAAUGCAAUACAUAGUCCUUCUAGCCCAGUUGUAUUAGGGUUUGGGGUUUUGUAA